AUGGCCCCGGUCCCAGCACUGAUGCUCGCGCCCCACUCGUUCAGGUACCGCGACCAGGUGCCUGCCUCAGUGCUGCAGCUGCCCACGAGCGAGGCCCGCGUGCUGUCCUCGAAGGAGCGCGCCCCGUACCUGGUGCUCCUCGAGGUGGAGACCCAUCGGAUUGGCAGCUUCGGGCCCUUCGGGCUCCGGAAGGGGGUGGGCUGCUGCCGCAGGGCCCGCCCGCGCGACGCCGAGGUCACGAGCGGUCACGCGAAGGGCGCCGAGGUUGACGGCGACGAGGAGGUGAGCCUGAUCCGGAUGUCCAGUUGCGAGCACAGGGAGGCGGUGACGGGCAAGUUGCUGGAGCACGACCUGCGGCCGAAGGGCAUCUUCAAGAAGGAGGACUGGCCUCAGGUGGUCACGAGGGUGCAGGGGUCCAGCCAGCAUGGCUCGAAGCCAGGCUGGCACGUGGUCUCCAUGAUCGUGAAGAGCAACGCGGACGACGUGAGGCAGGAGGAGCUGGCCUACAGGCUCCUAAGGUGGUUCCAGCACGUCUUCCACAGGCACAAGCUCAGGCUGUGGCUGCAGCCCUUCCUGAUCGUGGCCACCACCUACGACGGUGGCGUCCUGGAGACGGUGGCCAACGCCAUCAGCCUGAGCGAUCUGAAGAAGAGCUACGGCAGCAGCUGGCACUCUUUGAAGUCGUACUUCGAGACGGCGUUCCCGCUGGCGGACCAGGGCGCCGGAGGCCACCCCUCGCGCAGCGAGGCGAUCAUGAACUUCAUCUGGUCCAUGGCAGCGUACUCCAUCGUCUGCUACGUGCUGGCGAUCCGGGACCGGCACAACGGCAACAUCCUCAUCGACGAGAGGGGCCACAUCCGGGCGUCCUCCACGUCGAUUUCGGCUUCAUGCUCUGCGGUGCGCCCGGGGGAAGGGUGCUCCAGGGCAUGGGCGGCUUUGAGCACAGCGCGGGCUUUAAGCUCACAGACGAGCUGGUGGAGGUGCUCAACAUGGCGGGUGGGGAGCCGUUCGCGGUCUUCCGGCAGGCCAUGGCGGAUGGACUGCUGGCCGUGCGGGCGCACGCCGACGAGCUCCUGGCCCUGCUGCAGCUCAGCACCCUGGGCGCCGAGAACAGCAGCCAGAGGUGCUUCACUCAUCCGCGCGGCUACCCCGAGGCGGUGCUGGAGGACGUGUGCGGGCGCCUGGGGCUGCCCAGCUGCGCGGGUCGGCGCCAGGGAGGCAGCGGCGGCGCAGCGGCCGUGGACUCGGACGAGGGCUUCAGGGAGUGGGUGGACAAGAUGA